AUAAGUAUUUACUUAUUUAUCAAGGUUUUUUACACGUAAAAGAACGAGAACAUGAAAAUAAAAUAUAUUGGAAAUGUUCAGAAUACAAAAAAAAUCACUGUAAAGGUCGCGUACACGUAGUAGACGAAAAAGUCACCAAAUAUAUUGAACAUAAUAAUCACGUUCCAAAUGCAGCAAAAAUCGAAGCAAAAAAAGUUAUUUCAAUUUUAAAGAAAAAUGCAUCACAAACAACUCUCAGCACACAUUCAGUUUUAGGAAACACAGUUAUGCAGGUAACAAGUGCAGUUUCCGCGGAAAUGUCGAGUGUUAAUACCUUGAAAAGGACAAUUCAACGUAUGCGCCAAAAGGAGGAAGCUGCACCGGCUAAUCCAAGUAAUUUUGAAUUUAUUAUACCAGAUCAAUAUAAGUAUAACUCCAAUGGUGAAUUAUUUUUAAAAUUCGAUAGUGGUCCUACUGAAUCUCGUAUUUUAAUAUUUAUAACUCAACAAAAUUUAGAUUUUAUGAGCGAAUGUGAUAAUUGGUUUUGCGACGGAACAUUUUCAGUGGCACCCCCUAUUUUUUCUCAGUUAUAUACUAUACACGGGGUGUAUUAUUCCAACGUUAUUCCUAGUGUUUACAUAUUACUGCCAGAUAAAAAAGAAAAAACUUUCCGUCACAUGUUUGAAAUUUUAAAAUCACUGAAACCAAAUUUAAAUCCAAAAAGUAUUAUGAUAGAUUAUGAAAGAGCAGCUUUAAAUGCUAUCGAAAUGGAGUUUUGUGAUACAGAGAUAAAAGGUUGUUUUUUUCAUAUGUCGCAAUGCAUUUGGCGUCAUGUACAAGAAUUGGGCCUACAGACAACUUAUCGAAAUGAUCCAGAGUUAUCAUUAAGAAUUCGAAUGCUACCCGCAUUAGCAUUUAUUCCAGAAGCAGAUGUAAUUAAAUGUUAUGAUGCACUACUAGCUACAAGUUACUACACAGAUAAUGAGGAUCUACUGGCGCCGCAGUUGGAUUAUUUCGAAAAUACAUGGGUAGGAAAAUUAGAUAGGAGAGGAAAAAGAAAACCGCCAAAAUAUAUGCAAUCACAUUAUGGAAUUGUUUUUCGAGAGUAAUCCAAGAUUUAGCUACAACAAAUAAUGCUAUAGAAGGGUGGCACAAUUGUUUCACAUCACUUAUAAAUGGUAAGCAUCCUUCAAUUUGGCGGUUUAUAGAUGCAUUAAAAAAAGAAGAGAGCAUAAACAGAUUCAAAAUCGAGCAGUACGUAGGUGGCAAUGAGCCUCCAAAAAAAAAAAUUUACCGAGAUAGAGCGGCUAAAAUCAAAAAAAUAUGUACCAAUUAUAGCAAUUAUACAAAUAUUGAAGAUUUUCUUCGUGGCAUUGCAUACAAUUUUCAAUUGCAAGUUUAAUAUUUAGUGUUUAAUUCUUAUAUAUUAUACGUGACUUAUAUAGGUACCUACCUUAAUGUAUUUAUUAUUAUUAUUUUUUAUAUUUAAUUAAAUGUAGGUUCAUUAAAUCUUUUUAUUUAAAAAAAUAUUAUGUAUAAUUUUUAAUUGUUAGUUUUAUUUGUUUCA